AUGAGGCGCAUGCGCGUUCUGGACGGGCGCUGGGUCUGUAGCGGCUCGGCGCGGAGAGGCCGGGUGGGGCUCACCACCGCCGGUAGCGGCCACCGCGGCGGGGCGGAGGAGUUCGCUGAGCUGCCCAGCGGCCAAGAGGGCUGGCGGGGCCAGUCGCGGGGCUCGCUGCAGCAGCUAGCGGAGCGGUACGCGGACCUGGCGGCCAGCCACAGCGAGGCGCUACGGCAGCGGGAGGAGCGGGAGUGGCACAACGCGCGGCUGCGCCAAGAGAACGCGCGGCUGCGGAUAGAGAACCGCCGCCUGCGCCGCGAGAACCGCAGCCUCUUCCGCCAGGCCCUGCUGGGUCCCGGCCCCGACGGGCCCACCGCCUCGGACCCGGCUGAGGAAGCAGAGGCCUUGCGCGCCCAGCUCGGGCAGCUGCAAGAGAAACACCGCCGGGCUUUACAGCACCUGCGGCGCUGCCGGGCCGGCGGUGCGCCACAGGCCUCGGAGCUGGACGACGGGGAAUUGGACAAGCUGCUGGAGGAGGACAAGCAGCUUCCGCCUCCCCCUGAGCAGGCACUAGAGAAGAGAAGCCUGGUGGCGCCCGUAUAG